AGUUUGUAUAAGAAUAGCAAGCGCCGGCUCUUACGUCACAUUUGUUCGGUACGAAAGUGCGAUAAAGAUGCCUGAACCCGCCAAGGCUGCGCCCAAGAAGGGCUCCAAGAAAGCCGUUACCAAGACCGCCGCUAAAAGCGGCAAGAAGAAGAGGAAGACCCGCAAGGAGAGCUACGCCAUCUACGUGUACAAGGUGCUGAAGCAGGUCCACCCCGACACCGGCAUCUCCUCCAAGGCCAUGAGCAUCAUGAACUCGUUCGUCAGCGACAUCUUCGAGCGCAUCGCCGGCGAAGCCUCCCGCCUGGCGCACUACAACAAGCGCUCCACCAUCACCUCCAGGGAGAUCCAGACCGCCGUCAGGCUGCUGCUGCCCGGGGAGCUGGCCAAGCACGCGGUGUCCGAGGGCACCAAGGCGGUGACCAAGUACACCAGCUCCAAGUAGACGCUGCUACGAGCACCACACAAAGGCUCUUUUAAGAGCCACACACUGAACUAAAGGAUAAUAGACCUGUUGCUGAGGCGCCUAUGCUUAAAUUUUUUUUAAUCCAUAAUUGUUAGUUUUGGUUGAUUUGCUUUGACAAUAACGUGACGCACUUUUAUUGUUAGUAAAGGUGUAAAAUAGUGCUUGUAGGACAGGGAACAGUUGGUAUGGGUAUUGCCGUUAAACUGUUCCUGAAGCGUUUAGAAGCUUAAAACUGCAUGUUCAGCGGUGCCUAGGAUAGCUUAGCGUUUGAUUACCGCAAGAUUCUUCGGCGCUUGUUCUACCUUCGCGAAGGGGAGUAGUUCGACACAACGUUCCGGGGCGAGUGAUCACGUGCUUGAUGACGUCUAAAGCGCCAAAUGAAUUGUUUGGUCCAACCAGGGUUCAGAGGUCACUCAUCUGUUUGAACAACUGGGCGCGCUAUUCUUUAUACAAGAAAAAUGAAUCCUAAAUUAUGUUUCCCGACCAGUUCUGUUGCCCUGUUAGAAUCGAAAUAUGUUUAUUGCUCUAUGCCUUCUGGUAAGAAACCUUCUGUGGCUUGGGAUCAUCUGAAAAGGUUGUACAUAACCCAGAAUGCAUUGGUACUUCCGCCAGAUGCUUUUAUUUUGACAGCGCACUUCCUGCGCCGGCUACAGUGUUGCUGUGUGCUGAGUGGCGUGUAACAGAGUACAGACGACAGCGAGACUGUAAAUGGCUAUAAAUAUUGUUUAACAGUC